ACUGUCAAUUAAUAGGUUAAAAUAAAUAUUGAAAAAAGUAGAAAUAAUAAUUAUUUAUAUAAAUAUAUUUAAAAAUGUCUCACACUCAAUUUAUGGACGAAAUGAUUCGAGAAUAUUUAUUAUACAGAGGGUUUGGUUCAACUUUAAAAGCAUUUGAUGCAGAAUUAAAAGCCGAUAAAAUGAAAAGCUUUAGGGUGGACAAAAUAAUAGAUCAGUUAAUAUUUUUUAUUAACAGCUAUGAUCUUAAUUCACUCAGGGAGUUGUGGGGUCAUUUAAAUAGGCACAUGUUUUCCAAAUUGGAGAGCAAUUUUUUGCCAAGUAUAAGAAAAUUAGAAAACGAAGUUUUGAAAAUGUACUUGGUAAACACAGUAUACAAUAAUAAACCUGAAAAAAUGAAUGAUUUCUUUCUGAAAAUGACACCAGAACUACAAAAUCAGAAUGAAUGGAAAGAUUGGUUUGUGUUACCAUAUGUUAAAAACCCAGAAGAAAAUCCAACCUUUGCUCUUCAUUUUACAAAGCAAUGGCAAGAUAAAGUGUUAAUCUCUCUUCAUAAUUUUUUAGCAACAAUAAUUCAGUACAUGCCAACUCCCACACUGAUGCAUUAUGAAGAAGAUGUCACUAAAAUCAACAAACUCGAAGAAAGAAAUGAUUCUUUGAAAAAACGUUUGGCCCUUCUAUUAGAUAAAGGCCCACAAGCAAGUGUGACUCCAUGUCAGGUGGAACCUCCACCUCAUCUACUGGAUGACUUUUAUGUUAUAGCCCAAGAAAAUAAUUUGGGAGAAAGUCAGGCUCGCAGUUUAAGAAAUAUUAUAAAAAAUAUGAGUAGUAGUGCUAGUCCAAUUUUAGGUAGAAAAGAUGUGAUAAAUAAGAAAAGGGUUGGGAAAUAAAUACCAAAGCUGGUUUUCGAGCUUCUUUAUAUAUAAAUCUGUGUAUUUUGUUAAUGUUGUAUGAAUAUAUGUGUAUAUGGUUCAUUGAGGAUAGAAAUUAAGAAUAAAACUCAACAUAUAAUAUAUAUCUGUCUUUAUCACUAUAUAAAGCAAUAUUUUCUAGUUUGUUCUAUGUUGUAUAUUUCAUAUAGUUUCAUGGAUACUUAAUUAACCAAAUGGAACACUUAUUCGCUGUGUGCAAGUACUUCCAGGGGAUACAAGACACAAUAGUGCACUUUAAGUGGCAAAAUCCUACAUUUUUAUUAGCAUAUUUCAUUAGUACUAUCAUUGAAGAAAAUGGAAUUUCACAAAGGUAUUGUAAAAAUACAAAAAGAAAUAGUCAAUUCAAGUUUCAUUUGUUUCCAAGCAAAAAUUAAUGCAAAUAUAAGAGUAGAUUUCUAAUAUAAAUUACAAUAAUUACUGUAUUAAAUAAACAAGUCUGUAAUUUUAUUUGCAGUUUACUAAAAAGUUCGCUGAUCUAUGAUACUAGGUGUCGUUUUUCCGAACUUGCACAUAGCGAAUAGAACAUGAUUAAUUUUGUAACACUAGAAGUGUAUAAGGUUUAGUAAAUUUUUAUUUCUUUCUCU